CUGGGACAGCUGGGAGCCGAGUCAGAAUCAGGGCAGGAUGAGCCCUGGCAGCCCCAAAACCCCCUGAGCGAGCCAAAGCAGGAGGCGGGAGAGGGGGGAUCCCCAGGACCCACGGGCCCCCAGCAGCUCUGAGAAGAGGGACCCCCAUAACCCCAGAGUAAGGACACUGGGAACAGGGAAGCCCUGGGAGAGUGUUUUUGGAGUCCUUCUUGAUUUGGAGGAUUUUAUGGACACCAGACAGACGGUAACUUCUGGAGAUGGACAGCAGGACCUUCAAAGCCAAUGCACUCACAGAAUGUCUUUCCCACACCAGGAAUUCCCAGUGCCAGACUUUGGCUGGGUAGAGGAGGAGAAGGCUGUGAGGAAGAGGAGGAUUCCUGCGGAUCCCCAGGCAGGUGAGGAGGAAGUCAGUGCCCCUUUGCCCCUCUCUCCUGGCUCCAUCUCCCAGCCCAGCCUGGCCCCGGCUGCAGGACAACCCCGCUGCCGACGCCGUCCUGCCGGGGGUGCACUGGGGGGAUCUCCUUGCCCUUCCCUCUGGCACGGAGGCAAAUCCCAUCCUGUCCUUGUCCUUCCUCCCCCAGACAAGGAGCCCAGGGAGGACAAAUCCCCUCAGCAGAACCUCGUGGAAGAGGCUGUUUUGAGCAGCCCCAUGGCACAGGAAUGCAACAGGGAGGAAAAGCCCCGGAGAUCCCGCCCGAGGAGGGGCUCCAAACCCAUGCCAGGGUGCUCCGAGGAGGAAGGACCCACCCUGUGCCAGGAAGGCAGCCAGAGAUGUGGCCAGAGCUCUGAGCUGGUGGUGCAUGAACAGCUUCACAAUGGCAAGAAGCUGCACCAGUGCUCGGAAUGUGGGAAGAGUUUCUGUGCAAAGUCCAGCCUGGUCCGGCACCAGAAGAUCCACACUGGGGAACGGCGCUGUGAGUGUGGGAAAUGUGGGAAGCGCUUCAGAGACACCUCUGGCCUGAUGAUCCACCUGAGAGUCCACACUGGGGAACGGCCCUAUGAGUGUGGGGAGUGUGGGAAGAGCUUUGCUGACAGGUCCAGCCUGAACUCCCACAAGAGGAUCCACACUGGGGAACGGCCCUAUGAGUGUGGGGAAUGUGGGAAGAGCUUCACUGAAAGCUCCAACCUGAUUGUCCACCAAAGGAUCCACACUGGGGAACGGCCCUAUAAAUGUGGAGAAUGUGGGAAAGACUUCAGAAAGAGCUUCCACCUCAAAUGCCACCAGAUGAUCCACACUGGGAAAUGACUGUGUGUGUGGGCAGUGCAGGAAGAGCUUCUGUGACAGCUCUGGCCUGAUCAUGCAGCAGACAGUGCACACUGGGGAAUGCCCCUACACGUGGUCAGAAUGUGGGAAGAGCUUCAUCCAGCACUCCAAGCUGUUUGUCCACCGGCAGAUGCACAGCGGAGAGAGGCCCUAACAGUGUCCUGAGUGUGGGAAGAGCUUGUCCCAGAGCUGUGCCAUGACCCAAGAGCAAUGGAGGCAGCAGGAAGGGAAGCCCUACAAGUGCCCCACGUGCGGGAAGAGCUUUGUGCGCUGCUCCAACUCCAUCCCCCAUUGGAGGAGCCCAUUGGAUGAUCCCCAGUGAGCCCUGUUGGGCAGAGCCUUGGAGAUCCAUGGUCCUGGUGAUUCAUGGUGGGAAGACAGCUUGCUGGUGGUCUCCACAUCUUCCUGGGCCCCUGGGGGCACCUGGAUAUAAAAGGAGCUCAAGGGGACGUGGCCAUGGAUGGUGACAUGGACAUGGAUGGAGACAUGGGGGUGACAUGGACACGGGUGGGGACAUGGAGGGCCAAGAUUGGGGGCAUGGUGGGGAUACGGGCAUGGGUGGGGACAUCAGGGCACACGGACAUGGGUGGGGACAUGGGGUGAACUUCCAGGGAAUGUGGGGGAUGAUGGGUUUGAGUGAACUCAGGGCUCUUGGGAGGGCCGUGGGGUGCUGUGUCAUGAAACUGAAAUUCCAGAUCAUCCCAGCGUGUGCCGUGGAUCCCAGAGGGGAAUUCCCAAGGCUCCCAGGGUGCCGGUUCUGCCCUGCUGCCCAGGGGAGCUGUGCCCAAGGGGCAGGUGACAAGGUCCUGAAGCUGUGUAGGCUGACAAAGCAGACAGCAAAGGUUGGUUUGCUGGACAUUUUCCAGCCCAUUGCCAGCUCCAAGCAGAGGGAAGAAGAAAAGGAAAGUGAGUCCCUGACAGAAUCCCAGAACCAUUGCAGUGGGAAGGGCCCCUGGCCAUGGGCUGCAGUGCCAGGAGGGAGAGACGCCUCUACCCCAGUGAGGUGCAAAUGAGACCACAGCAGCAGAGCCUAUGGAUUUUUUUGCAGAUUUAUUUUAUUGAAUAAUUGAAUAAACAAUCUUGUAGUAGUUGGAUUUCACUAUAAUUUAUUUGCUUUAAUUGCAAAAUUGUAAUUGCUUGUAAAUAAAUAUGAUGCCUUCUAAAGUGCUUUGAAGUAGGAGAAAUUUGUAAGUUCUUGUGAUCAGUGUAAAAGGGGAAGCAAGGCUUUCACAAGAGUAAGUGGGCUUGCAAAGGAUGUAUUUUAAGAUAUAAUUAUUUUUGCAAUAUAUAUGUCCAAGAUAGCAGAAACGGAGAGCAGAAGAGCAUAAAAGGAGAAAUAGCAAAACCCCUUAAAGUGGCAUCAGAAGACCACCCUGGACCUCCAAAGUGUUCAACUCUUGAAGUGUGCAAGGUUGCAGAAAAUCUGAAUUAAGAUUGUGGUCAACCAGCUCAAACUAAAUCUGCUAAAUCACUUGAGGAAAUAAUACAUCUGCAACGGUAUAAAAGACUGCAGACUGAAGCAGUGGGUGUGUACUGGCUUUGCCAGGCCCCUGCAUCUUUUGCUUUCUGUUUUAUCCCUUAUUAUCCUUUAUUAAAAUGCUUAAAAAUGCUUCAUUUUUAACCCUGAACAAGAAAUGUGAGGUAGAGAAAUAGGAAAGAGGUGUCAAAGAGCAAAAGAAAUAGAAAUUCCUCUGGCUGGGACUGCGCAGCUGCGGGGCAGAGCUGCAGCACCCAGUGCUCCCCACUUCCACCUUUUAAAAAUGACAUUAUUUUAUAAAAAUAACAUUGGCAUCUCAUUUAUGUAUUAGCUUUUGCAUGUUGUUAUUGAUCAUAAGUAUUUAGAUAUGGUACAAAUUGUACGUCUUUUUAUCUCCUUGAUAAUACAGUGUAAUAUAUCACUUUAAGUAGGAACUGUAUUGCUCAUAGAAAUAGUAGUGUAAUAAAUAUAAUGUCUGUGUAUUGCUUACACAAAUAAUGCUGUGAUGAACGGAUUGUACUCUAGACCUUAGCAAAACAGAAGCUGUGGAAAGGCUUUUGUGUGAGUAGGAAGAAGAGUGUGAGGCCAUGCACUGCCUGCCCUGCCCAAGGGAUAACAGUGACACAAGACAGAGCACCGGAGGAGACUGGGGGAGAGCUCGUUAACUCCUGUGAUCAGAAAAGUGUGAAACACCAAGGAUGAAAUCACGGGAAGGAAUCAAAUUGAUUAACUUGAUCUCAGGAUGUCACACGGGUGAGUCAGGAUGGGAAACCUGAACACGAAGAGCCUCUGCAACAUCCAAGGCUCUGGGGACUGUUUAAACAGUGUAUAAGCUAAUGGAUAUGCAUGUAACCCCAGCAAUAUAACAGUAUAUGGAGAACAUGAUUUUAAGGGGUUUUUUGUUGCUCUUUGGCCGUUCGUCAAAAGCCCCCAGCGCUGGAAAUACUGCCCUUCUUUUACCCUGUUAUUAAACUUUUUAAAAAUUCUAGAGUGAGCUUUGUUUUUCACAAGGAGCAGUGAAGCUCCUUUGGAACAAGCUUUUUUUGUCUCUGCUGCCCCUCUGGCACCAGGAACCCACCCGGGAGCUGCCUGGGACCCAUCUUGGAGCCCUCCUGCAGAUUUUCCCAGGAACUGCCCCAGGAACUCCUCCAGCAGCCACACAGGAAUGAGAGGAAAGAUGUGUGCUAAUGUCUUUACAUCAAUGUCUUUACAAAAUAAUUUGACGGGUGAAGGUUAUGGGUGUUAAGGUCUUUGGAACCUUAAUGUCUCCACUGACAUUGGGCAGCAGGUUCAGUCGAAGAGCCCAGACAGAAGCAGACAAGGGUCUGCACCAGCCUGGACUGCUGAACUUUGGGGUAAAAGGACAGGUUCAAGGGGGAAUUUGUGGUUGGUGGCUUGGGAAGGCUGUACCUUCCUUCAGACAAUGGGAAAAGGAAGAGGGCAACGUGCUGCUGGCAGUUUAGGAUAAAAGGAGGCUGCGUCCUCUGAAAGCUGGAGAAUGAAAAACCCCAUCGACUUGUGACCUGGUGGACUCUCUCCUUUAUUCGAAUAAAGUUGAAGGACUCCUCUGUCUCCUUUUUGAAUAUAAACCUCUGGCAUUUGUGGAUUUUCCUGACAAGGUCUACCCAGAAAUCCAGGAAACACAAAGAAACUCCAUGGUUAGCACACUUUAAAAUGACACCAAACUUGACGAGGUUUUCCAGGUUCAGCACAGACUUUCUGUUCAGCACUAUCAGAGCACAAGGCAGAGCUCCUCGGGCUACUGGGACCAGCACCACUGGAACUGCAG